UCUGUNCAUGCCGGCCGACUGCCAGGAAGUAGGCUAUGGAAGUACUGGGCCAAAAUACAAUGACUCGACAUACACUGUGACCCAAAAAGAUAUGAAAAAUGACAAAUGGCUUCCGAAAUCUAGUGGUAUGGUAGAAAUCGCUAGUGACAGUGGUGAAGGGAUUAUAAAUAUUAAACCCAAUAAUUCUGCCGAGUCACUGCAAUUUAAAAUUCUUGCGUUCGAUAGCUCCUACUAUACCGUCGAUUACAAUUGCGUCAACAUAAACAGCAACUACAGAAGAGAAAUACUAUACGCGAGGAGCAGGUACAGAAGCUACACAGAAAAGGAAGCUAAACUAAUUGAUGAGGUCCUUAAAGAGAACGGCCUGGCCGAUAUAAAAAGGACAUACGCUAUUCAAGAGGUAAUACCCUGCUCAUUGUAAAAAAUAGUUACAUUCAUGAUUUAAUAAUAAAUCUGUUGGAAAUGUG